UCGUUUUUAAUUUAACUUCCCUCUUUGCCAGCAUUGACUAAUUAAGUAGGUAGGUACCUAUUACCUGCAUCAUUUCAUGCCUAACUGUGGCUUCAGCUACUGUGUGUGUGUGUGAUAAUAAUGACUGCCUUUAUUUUCAGCAUGGUGACAGUUCUAUUAAUUUCCUUCUGUAUACACUUUCAAUAUGAAUGCAGCUGAAGAAUGUCUAGUUUGCGGUGUUGCCGAGCCUCAACAAUACGAGGAAAAUAAUGCCUCCUUGCUGCCAGUCUUGGCUGGACUCCUGGGACAGGAUCUGGAGCCUGCCCACAUGUCCUCUUGCUCCCUGUGUCAGAGGUGCCACCACAUCCUGUCAGAGGCUGGCUCACUGCAGCAGAGACUGGGUCAACUCAAGGAGGCCAUUUUGAGUGUCUACAGGCCAGUGAAAUAUGAUGGAAUCACCCAGGUGCCACUCGACAAUCACAAUGGCAGCUGCUCUUUGCCAUUGUCAUCCCAACUACCUGUAUCAGAUCCAGCGACCUCAACAGCCAGUAACCAUCCUACUCAACAUUCCAUGACAGUGGAAGCUACAUUGUCAUCUACUCAUUCCUCACAUGAAGGUGUCACUGAGCUAGCAAGAAGUGGCUCAUCGUCUUCAAACACAUCAACCAUGACCUCAAAUCAACCAUCAAUGGCAUUAUCGGGAAGACAGGACAUACCCGCCAAAAAGUCCGGAAAGCCCGCGAGCACCGCGAGAAGGCUUCCCUGUCCGAUCUGCGGAAAAUCUGUAACGGCACGGUAUUUACGGGACCAUCAGCGGCAGCAUUCGGGUGAACGACCGUUCCCAUGUACCUUGUGCUCUCGCUCUUUCGCCAAAUCGAGCGACCUUUCCACCCACCUCCGCCGUCACGCGGGUGACCGUCGCCAUCGCUGCUCGCUUUGUCCAGCGGCGUUCUUCUUCCCCCACGAACUGGCAAACCAUCGUCACACCCAUGGCGAUACGAGGCCUCAUCUGUGCGCAAAGUGUGGCACGGGAUUUCUCAGUCGGGCGGGACUUCUGCGUCAUCAGCGUGCCAACCAUCCCGAGUCACGCGCGGGAGACACCUCGGAUGGCGCGAGCGUUCCGCGCGAACCGCGCUACAAGUGUGCCGUCUGUGAGAAGACGUUUACCUGUGAGCAAAGCCUGAAGCGUCACGAAAGGGCGCACGGAGCCGGGAAGAGCUACAUGUGUGAGCUGUGUGGUGUGACGUACAAAACGAGCACGGCGCUGCGGUUCCACACGAGGAGGCACCACAGCGGGGAGCGACCCUUUCAGUGUCAGGUGUGCGGCUGCCAAUUCAUCACGCGUUCUGUGUGGCUUCGGCACCUCCGCGUCCACACGGGCGAGAUGCCGUUCCGGUGCCAGUUCUGCGGCACAGACUACAAGGACAAGCAGAAGCUGAAGCGACACUACUCCAACAAGCAUGCCGCCGAUGUGGAACGAGUUGGAGUGGAGAAUCUGAAGUACAGUGCUGCUGAGGUGGCGCCUGUGACUGCUACAGGAGGUGGUGGGGUGGACCGGGCGUCAGAAGGGCAAGGCGUGAGCUCCGGUGCGUCGGGAGAUACACAGCAGUCGCUUGGGGCCAUUGUGGAAAGAAACGCGGAAGGGUCUGCUUCUGGUCAAAGCGCUUCUGAUUUUGAUCAAGGUGGGGUUCAGAUCGAGGUCGGUGGUUCCAUUUGGACUUCGGAGCAGUGGAAGGAAGCGGAGAGCGUUGGACAGGAGUAUAGCGAUACUAGCGCCACAGUGGCAGACCCGGGAACUGUUAGUGAGCUGCAGGCUCAAGAGAUGUCGGCUGUCGAAAUGAUGCCAGAUUCUUCAGUUUUGACGCAAGGAAUGUUAUAUGAGGCGCAUACGGCGCUUUUUAAUUACUUUUGAUUGUGACUGAAAGGGUUUAACUAGCCUGAACGAGAUUAAAUACGUUAAAUCAAGUGAUCUUAUGCGAUCGUUCACUCUCCGAAAAUCCGUACUAUCGCGCCACUUUUAGAAAGAGUUAAAGAAAUGCUUACCUUGCUUUGGAGAUUUGUACUGCAUCAGUUAAGAUCCAAGAAACAUUCCUAUACUAUUAUGCUACUUAUAGUGAUUUGUUGCAUCAAAAAUGUAUUUGCAACAGAAGCGAGAUGGAAUUAUAUAAUUAUAGGAAGACAUUAUUUUACUCAGGAACAUGGAAGCAUUUAUGUGCUAAGCUGUGCCUCUAGCUAAGUACUUAGCUAUGUCCAUUAAAUUUAUAGUGACGGGGUACUGGGGAAUUCCAUUGCAACUGUUGUGGACAGAUAUUUGUCGUCAAUUCUUUGCGCACAUAUCAACCAAGGCAGUUGGUCAGUGCGCCAUCUUUUAUAAUCUCCCACUUUGUAGCGUCAUUUUUGUUUGUGUUUAAAUUAUGGAUGGUGUAGUAUGAUCCUUUUUUGUGGAGAAGUUGUGCUGUGAUUUACCUCAGACACUAUUUUUGAUAGUAUGACUUGUAAUGCGACUCUUGUGCCUUUGACGCACGGUUUGCAGCCUAUCUCUUUACAUAUCGAAAGCGUGUUGCUAAUAUGUGUCCGUGUUCAACUUUUUGUGAUUUGAUUAUGAGUGUGUAUGUGAAUGUGCGGGUCCAUUGCGCUACACUCAAUUUCGUAAGCUAUUUAACAAUAUUUGUUAAACAUUGUUACGUGAUUUGAGAUGUGCCUUACUGGAGGCUUUGUGAGUCUGUUAGGCUUAACGCCCGUUGAAGGAGGGUUUCUCGGUAGGUAUGUGUCAUGAUUCAUUUCUGGGAAGGUUUGUGAUGGCAAAGUUGUUGGACCACUGCUUUGUCCUACCGGUAAAACUAAUUUUAAAAUCGUCACUAUCCCGUGCUCUCUGUAAUAUGUGAUUUCGAUUGGCUGUUAAAACAAAAAACUAUGAAUUUUGCAUAUUUUCCAUGUUUUUUAUCAUAAACCAGAUCACGUGUACUCUCGUUUUCGAAUUGACAUUCACCAAUAUAUGGACAUUAUUUGAUUAGGGCUUCAUAAAUAUUUUAUUUUUAUGCGUCAAAUGAAGUGAAGCAAUGCCCGUAUUUCAUUUACGAUCGUUUGAAGUUUGAACUUUGCAUUUAAAGCAUAAAAUACCCAUGGUUGUUUCAAAAUACAAGCUCAAUUGCA